AUGAUCUAUGCUGCGCUAGUUUUCGAUGAGUAUCCAGUAGAUGAAAACAUCGGCACAUUUCAGUCAAUUGAGUACUCUAUACGCAUGAACUCAACACUGGGAAGUCACGGUAUUCCCGGAGCUGUUCCUCGUACUCUUGGGGAUCCAGCGUUUGAAGCUCCGUUUCAGCGCACCAUCGAACAGACGCAUUAUUUUGCCUAUGCAUCACAAGGGUUCAUGACCUUGCAGACUCUCGUUACACGUUUCGUUAAUUGUAUGCCAGAAUGGAACUCAGUUACAAAGAUCACUACUGGUAUUUGUACGCAGAAACUAUCGACAGCUGUAAAAAGCCAAUUGAACGAUGCUCGCUUUUUUCAUGCAAUUACAGGAGAUAUUCUAUUAAACACUGGUUUGCUUUCUGCAUUUGGCAACUCGGGCACAAGCUGGCAAUCUAAGCUUUCAACUACUGCCAUCGAACAACUCCUCGUUCCUUUACGCCAGAUACCACAGCCAUAUUUUGCGACGACUGUAGCCCCAUUCCCUAUUGAGAGCUUCCUCUCGGCACCCUUUUACGAUCAAGUAAGCUCGGUAUUUCCGUUGGUCUUCGUGCUGGCAUAUCUUUAUGCGAUCUCGCGUGUGCUUGUGGUUCUUAUUCAGGAAAAGGAAACUCGUUCACGUGAGUAUCUCAAAAUACUUGGUAUGUCUGAAAGCGCAAUCAUUUUGUCGUGGUACAUUACAUACUUGAUCAUCUUUACAUUGAGUGCUAUUUUGCAAGCUAUAGCCAGUAGCGCGGGACUUUUUCCCAACAGUGAUCCUUUUCUUAUUUUCAUUUUCUUUUUGCUCUUCUCGCUAAGCGUUCUUUCCUUCGGCUUUUUUAUGAGUACGCUUUUCUCCCGUUCGCGUACGGGUUCCUUCGCGAGUAUGGUGCUUUUCUUCUUUAUGUACUUUGUAUCGAGUGGGUUCUCGUCCACAUCGACAAUUGAUUCCAAGACCGGUGUAUGCUUGCUUCCACCUGUAGCUUUGGCGUUCGGAGUGCAGACGUUGGCCACAGCGGAGUCUACAGGUGUCGGUAUGAGCUUUUCGUCAUCCAGCACAAUAGUCAACAAUUUUAGGUUUGGUUCUGCUAUCGGAAUGCUUUUGUUUGACGUUUUUUUCUACACUCUUGCCGGGCUAUAUCUCGAAAGAGUGAUACCUCGCGAGUAUGGCACUGUGGAAAAAUGGUAUUUCCCGCUGCGCCCUAGCUAUUGGAUGCACAUUGCUCGCUCAAGCGCUAGCAUGAGUAAGGUUGAUGACGACUCGACAAAUUCUGCCAAUGGCAGUCAUGCUGUUCUAGACAUCCAGAAUCCUAAUGUAGAGGAUGCUGGUGAGGAUUUACGCAAUCAGGAGCGGUCAGGUGAAGCACUAGUAAUUCGAGACAUAAAAAAAGAGUUUGUUGUACCCGGGGGGAUCAAACACGCAGUUCGAGGUGUAAGUCUAGCCAUGUAUAAGGAUCAGAUCACAUGCUUGCUUGGUCAUAAUGGUGCUGGCAAAACGACUCUCAUUUCAAUGCUUACUGGUAUGAUCGCACCUACAUCCGGAGAUGCCACGUUUUGUGGAUUGUCACUUGUACAGGACAUGGGGAAACUUCGGCAAUCAUUAGGACUUUGUUUUCAACAUGACGUUCUUUAUAGCGAGCUCACUGUUGAGGAACAUUUGCAAUUUUAUGGGCGAAUAAAGGGCUAUAAUGGCAAAGCUCUUCAAGACGAGGUAAAUAAAAAGAUUCUCGAAGUGGGUCUUACCGAGAAACGAAAUGUUUUUUCCGGCUCAUUGUCAGGAGGCAUGAAGCGAAAGUUAUCAGUUGCCAUUUGCUUGUUAGGUGACAGCUCACUGGUACUUUUGGACGAACCUACGAGCGGUAUGGACCCUUACAGCCGACGAAGCACAUGGGAAAUUUUGCUUAAUAACCGUGUCAAUCGCGUGAUGGUACUUACAACUCACUUUAUGGAUGAAGCUGAUAUUUUAGGAGAUCGAAUUGCGAUUAUGGCUGAAGGACAACUUCGGUGCUGUGGAUCAUCACUAUUUUUAAAAAAACGCUUUGGUGUCGGAUACAAUCUUACGCUGGUCAAAAAUAAUGAUACCACUGUGCCUUUCAAGGAAAAGCAAUUGCAGUCGCUCAUAACGUCCUACGUGCCUGCAGCUAAACUGCUUAGUAAUGUUGGUGCUGAGAUUGCAUUUCAGCUACCGCUGGACAAUUCUGCUUCCUUUCCACAACUCUAUGAGGACUUAGACGACAAAAUGCGAGAAUUAGGCGUGCUUUCUUACGGUAUAUCAGUCACUACAUUAGAGGAAGUGUUCAUCAAAGUUGCCGAAGCUUAUGACGAAGACAAUCAGCAUACUCUAAACAAAACUGCUGAUGCCAGUGGUGUUCUCUUACCACAGAGCGGUCCAUCCAUUGCAAAUUUAAACGGCUUGACAAUGUUUUUCGUGCAUUUAUCGGCGCUCUUACUCAAGCGUUUUCGCAUCGCAAAGCGUGAUCGUCGAGUUAUAAUUUUCAGUGCUCUUUUGCCUGUGACACUGCUCGCGGCUGGAUUUAUAAUUUUGAAGACUAGUUCACUUACUCGGUCGGAUGUCAAGGUUGCACUUAGUACAACAGAGUUUGAGGUGAAAGUUCCCAGCGUACCUUAUUUUUGUGAGGUCAACGACGCUCAAUGGUGCUCGGAAACAAUGGGCGCACUAUUCACUGGUGGUACGACGUCACCUUUUUCAAACGCUGAGAUUGCGUCUCAUCCUUACACGAAGUGGCCAAUUUCAGUAUUUAAUGUCACCUACACCAAAGCAGAUCUCGCAAGCGUGGACACUCCUGAUAGCAACGAAUACUGUUUGCGAAUGGGAGAAAAAAUAUAUCAGCGUGCUUUUGGAAAGACAGACGAAGACAUGGUUACAGUCACGCAUAAGCCUGCAAAAGGUCAAUACGGUGGUUAUCUGAUCCAUGCCUCAGGAUCUGAGCAUAUUUUUGGGUACCAUCUAUUUGUAAAUACGACUGCAGCUCAUGGAGCAGUAAUUUUCAAAACUCUAAUUGAUCAGGCCCUUUAUCGUUUUAUGGCUGGAAGUAAAUCGGACGUGUCACUUAAAGCGAACACAUAUCCACUGCCCAUGACAGCAGCGACGCAAGCACUCUUCGGAUCGUUUCUGGCGUUUACUGCAUGCAUCUUUAUUGUAAUUGCCUUUGCUUUCUUUCCAGCCUCCAUCGUUGGAUUUCUUGUUAAUGAAAAACAAGCUAACCACAAUUCAAAGCAUCAACAGCUUGUUUCAGGUGUAAGUCUACCAGCCUUCUGGUUGGCUAACUAUAUCUGGGAUUUAAUUACGUACAUAAUUCCGUUCAUCGCGGCACUUGUGCUAAUCCAGAUCUUCGACAUUUCAGCAUUCACUGGCAACAACUGUGUAAGUUGUUCAGGCGAGACAUUUCCAGCCAUUGUGUUUCUCUUUUUUCUCUUUGGACUAGCCAUUUGCCCAUUUACAUACUGUCUCUCAUAUCUCUUCAAGGAUCAUGCGUCUGCUCAGACUUACACCAUCAUGACCAAUUUUCUGCUGGGCGUCGUCCUUAUGGUGGUUUCUUUCAUUCUGGACGUCGUCAGUGAGAGUAGUCAAGACGCGAACUCUGUGUUAAAGUUCUUCUGGCGUUUAAGUCCACUUUUUAAUUUAGGAAGUGCACUGCUAAACCAGUGCUUACACGAGAUUCAAUUUGCUUUUGGUAGAAAAGAGGACAAGAUAAGCCCACUUACAAUGGAUAUUAUGGGUUGGGAGCUUCUUUACUUGGCAUUGGACGCGAUCAUUUUUUUCACAAUCGCCGUCGGAAUUGAUUUUUUGCUCAGCUUUCCGAAAAUCAAAGCAGUAGUCUUCAAAGACUCGGAUUUAAAAGAUGCAUCGUAUGAGGAGGACGAAGAUGUGUUGCGUGAAGCUGAACGGGUACGAUGCGGUGGAGCCGACAACGACGCUGUUAUACUACACCGGAUUCGUAAAGUUUAUAAGGGCAACAAAGUGGCUGUCCGAAAUCUAUCCUUUGGUCUUCCUAAGGGCGAAUGUUUUGGCUAUUUGGGAAUAAAUGGCGCAGGAAAAACAACUACAAUGAAGAUGAUGACUGGUGAUAUCCUUCCGACAUCAGGUCACGGAACACUCGGUGGCUAUGACAUAUUGAGCGAGCAGCUAAAAGUCCGUCGACUAAUCGGCUAUUGCCCGCAAUUCGACGCUCUCUUUGAGCUUAUGACAGUCAGAGAGCACCUUGAGCUGUUUGCUCGUAUUAAGGGCGUAAAAAAAUCAGAUUUGACCAGCGUCGUCAAGAUGCUUAUGCAUCAAAUGAACUUAGACAGCUUUGAAAAUAAGCUUGCAGGCUCACUGAGUGGGGGCAAUAAACGCAAGCUCUCAGUUGCUAUUGCACUUAUUGGCUCACCUCCCAUCAUUUUUCUGGACGAGCCCUCGACAGGCAUGGACCCAGUGUCGCGUCGUUUUAUGUGGAAUGUCAUCGCUUCCAUUUCCACUCAGCGCAAAGAAUCGACAAUCAUUUUAACUACUCACAGCAUGGAGGAGUGCGAAGCGCUUUGCACACGUGUUGGUAUUAUGGUAGGUGGUCGUUUACGUUGCCUCGGCAGUGUACAGCACCUGAAGCACCGUUUUGGAGACGGUUUAAUGCUUGAGCUGAAACUUACUGGCACACCCAUGCACGACAUCCAGACUCGCAUAGCUUCCGUUUUUAGUGGCAGUGCCAUGACGACGACAUUUCCAUGGGCAGAGCUGCAAGCCAAGUGUGAAGCAUUGGGUGAAGCAUCUUGGGCAGACAAAAUUACAAUGAGCCACGCAACGGGAUAUACGUUGGCCGCGGCGCUCGAGCGCGAUGGCACCUUACGUAUGGGUAUGCUCUGUGCGUGGUGGGCUGCUGAAGAGCAGUUCUUGACGGUGGAUUCUUUCUUGCGUCAAAGUUUUGCAAGUGACGCCAACAGUGGUGUGAUGCUUCUUGAACGGCAAAACGAUCACUGUCGUUAUAAGCUCACAGGGCAAGCACCACGUCUGGCAAGUGUCUUUAAACGCAUUGAAAGCAACAAGCAGCAAGUGGGAAUCCGCGAGUAUGCCGUUUCUCAGACGACACUUGAACAAAUUUUUAAUAACUUUGCAGGUCAGCAAAGUGAAGAAAAGGGCGUGGCAUGUGGCAUUAGCACGCAAUAA